AUGGCUUGUGUUGCAUCGAAGAAUGAACAGCAUACUUCGGAUUCUGCGGACCCCGGUGAUCCACGUAAUAUUAGUGUGGACAGUUUAUUGGAAAACCUGGUCAACCCAUGUGGCUUAAGCCAAUGGCUCCUUGCGUUGUUGUUGAUGCUGAGCACUAGCUCGCUGGCUACAUUUCCCGUCUACGGGAAUUCCGCAUCCCCGCAUCGAUGUCGAAUGGAACCAGCGGUUGAGCUGUUCGCACACCACAACAAUUUGACUUUCGAUCAAAUAGCAUCGAGAAUCGGACCAUGGCAUGGACAAAACACUACAGUGCAUUCCCUACAAUUCGGAUGUAUGCGUUACAAACGAAACUGGACCGAAAUGAAACUGUCACCUGUUCUUCUGGCCAAUCUAUCCACACAUAUAGAAUACACCACCGAGCCAUGCCCGUUUGGAUAUGUCCAUCAACAGAGUGCAUACCACUAUCCCCAGAGUGUGGUUGUGGAAUUUAGCACAGUUUGUGAGCAUAGUUGGCUUACCCCAUUUGGCACGUCAAUUUACAUGAUCGGAAUGUUGUUCGGUUUUAUUCUGGGCGGUUGGAGUGGUGAUCGUUUUGGACGAAGACCGACAAUAAUGGCUGCCUCAAUGCUUGAGCUACUGACUGGAGUCUGGACAGUAUUAGCCCCGAACUAUACAAAUUACGUUCUGGCUCGUGGUCUGAUGGCUGUGGGUAAUACGGCCAAAAUUAAUGCAGCCACUUGCCGCAUAAACCAUUGGUGGCGUAAUACCAGUGAGGUGAAACAGCUGAGAACCUUAUGGACGGAAGAGGUGGAGUUGCAAAAAUUGUCCAAACCAAUGAUGACCGCUUCAGGAAAUAUUCUGAAACCACGCAGAGGAUUCAAUUUUCUCAAACCCCUCUCUUCGCCCAAAGUUGCUCGUUGUACAUUGCUUUGUGUCGGCAGUAUGCUCGGUCUGGUGAUGGGAUUUUUCGGUCUUCUUUUGUACGCACGAAUCCUCUCUAGCUAUGUUUACCUGGUUGGUUUCCUCAAUGCGCUUACAGCUAUUCCGGCCAACAUUUUGUCUGCCGUUCUCUACCGAUACUGUCUUCGUCGAAAGCGCCCGCUGAUUGCUCUGACUGGUUUGGCUGCAAUCGUACUAGCUGCCAGUUCACUGUACACAUUGAUUAUGCAACCGAAAGCCGAUUUGGUUAUGACCGUGUGUUCAAAUAUCGCACUGGUUCUAGUCAACGCGUCCGUGUGUAUGUGCUAUGUAUAUGUGCCCGAAUUGUUUCCGUCGGAAAUUCGAACUCACGCGUUCGGCCUGGUUUUGGGAUUGGCUCGUAUCGGUAGUAUUGUGUGUACAUUUGUCAACGAAUUGGACCGUAUUGUAGCCCAUGGUGUGCCGAUGCUCAUCUAUGCCGCUGUAUUUCUAUGUGUACUGGUCACCCUGGCACUGCUUGAAGAUACCAGCGGGGAAAAUUUACCGGAUGUGAGCCAAGAAAAGUGCUAA